GGAAACUUCUCCUCCAACUUCCGCUCGGUCCGCGCUCAGUUGAGAGUUGAGUUGAGGUCCUGUCGAUUUUCUCUCGAUCUUUCGCCGUGAGUUUGGGCAGAACCUCUUGAACAAAAAUGGGUAAAGAAAAAAUCCACAUCAACAUCGUCGUUAUCGGCCACGUCGAUUCCGGCAAGUCCACGUCGACCGGGCAUUUGAUCUACAAAUGCGGCGGCAUCGACAAGCGUACGAUCGAGAAAUUCGAAAAGGAGGCCCAGGAGAUGGGCAAGGGCUCGUUCAAGUACGCCUGGGUGCUGGACAAGCUGAAGGCGGAGCGCGAGCGCGGCAUCACCAUCGACAUCGCCUUGUGGAAAUUCGAAACGGCCAAAUACUACGUGACGAUCAUCGACGCGCCCGGCCACAGGGAUUUCAUCAAGAACAUGAUCACCGGCACGUCGCAGGCCGAUUGCGCCGUAUUGAUCGUCGCCGCCGGUACGGGAGAAUUCGAAGCCGGCAUUUCGAAAAACGGCCAAACGCGCGAGCACGCUUUGUUGGCCUUCACCUUGGGAGUUAAGCAGCUUAUCGUGGGCGUGAACAAGAUGGAUUCGACCGAGCCGCCGUAUUCCGAGACGCGUUUCGAGGAGAUCAAAAAGGAGGUGUCCUCGUACAUUAAGAAAAUCGGCUACAAUCCCGCCGCCGUAGCGUUUGUGCCCAUUUCGGGUUGGAACGGCGACAACAUGCUGGAGCCCUCCGACAAAAUGCCGUGGUUCAAGGGAUGGGCUGUGGAACGUAAAGAGGGCAAGGCCGAAGGGAAAACUUUGAUUGAGGCUUUGGACGCGAUUUUGCCGCCGUCUAGACCUACCGAGAAACCUCUCAGGCUGCCUCUUCAAGAUGUUUACAAAAUCGGCGGUAUCGGUACUGUACCAGUGGGACGAGUCGAAACGGGCAUUCUGAAACCCGGAAUGGUGGUGACUUUUGCUCCCGUCGGUUUGACUACUGAGGUAAAAUCGGUGGAAAUGCAUCACGAGGCUCUACCGGAAGCCGUUCCCGGCGACAACGUCGGCUUCAACGUGAAGAACGUUUCGGUCAAAGAAUUGAGACGAGGCUACGUCGCUGGAGACUCCAAAAACAAUCCGCCUAGAGGAGCUUCGGACUUCAUGGCGCAGGUGAUCGUGUUGAACCAUCCGGGUCAAAUAGCGAACGGCUACACGCCGGUAUUGGAUUGCCACACGGCGCACAUCGCGUGCAAAUUCGCCGAGAUCAAGGAAAAGUGCGACCGUCGUACCGGCAAAACGACUGAGGAGAAUCCGAAGGCGAUCAAAUCGGGCGAUGCGGCCAUCGUGAAUCUGGUGCCGUCGAAGCCGAUGUGCGUCGAAUCGUUUCAGGAGUUUCCGCCGUUGGGGCGGUUCGCGGUGCGCGACAUGCGUCAAACUGUCGCCGUCGGCGUGAUCAAAUCGGUCAGCUUCAAAGAUACGGCGGGCAAAGUAACGAAGGCCGCCGAGAAGGCCCAAAAGAAGAAAUAACUAGUAGGCUUUGUGGUGUCGCCGCCGACGACGACAAGGCCAUCUAUCGACACGGGCAACAAGGAGAAAAAUUUGAUUGUUUAUUAUUAUUAUUAUUUGUUGUUUAGGUGGUUGCAGAGGAAUUAUUUUCAUCGGAAGGAAUUUAGAAGGAAAGAUUCUUUCGAUGUUAGCGUUUAGUUCUCUCGAGUUUUUAAUUUGAUGUCUCUGAUAUGUUUUUGCUUGGCUAUUUCGAUUUGAAAAUGAAUUUUAGCCAUUGUCUUGACACGCUAAUUGUCUAUUGAACGUAUUGAGAUAAGAGCAAAAAUUUGUUUGGAGACUUAUGAAGUAAUUUAUUUAUUAAAUUAUAUUUAUUUAGAUCCCUAGUUAUCUGUUAUUGUGUUUUUGUAUUUUUUUGUAUUGGACAUUUGCUGUUACUUGUAACAAAUGUAUUUGUUAAUGCAUGUCUAAUUUGUUACGCUUUUCGUUUUUGUUGACUUGAUGACGAUAGACUUGAUAAAAAAAAAUAAAUGUAAAAGCUUCUCAAUUACUAAUAAAGAAGCUCUUGAGUAA